CAAAAGCCACAAAACACGGUGGUUGAGAAUUGGUUUUUUCCCAAACAACCCAAACGCGCGUUUACUAAUUCUAGUUUCUGCUUUUUCUUAUACACCUUUCCUCUCCUCAUCAUAAAACCCAAAAAACCUAAAACUCAAAAAAUUCAAAAACAAAUCCAACCCAAUAUUCUCCUACAAAUUUUAAUUCGUGGGUUGUCAUUACUUUUUCUUGUUUCAUCCUCAAUUUCAUAAAAAUCAUACCUUUGAAUUCAUUUUUUGUAUUGUGUUCUUGAGAAAGAUGUGUCCUUUAAGGUUCAUUUUGGUGUUCUUCUCUGCUGUUCUGGCUGGUUACUAUGCAUGGAAAACAGCUUUUUCUUCACCAAAGAUUGAUUUGGCUUCUGAUGAUUCAAUUGAAGAAGAAAAUUCAUCUUUCAAGAAAGAGGAUUUUGGUUUCAAAAAGAUGAUUCAAAAUGGAUUUUGGGGUUUUGUUGACAUGGCUAGUGGAAGGUAUUUAUGGAGAAAUUUGAGGCAAACAGACAAGGAUAUUGAAUUGAAGAGCUCUUAGAAUUAUGUUAUAUGAUUGUGUAACAUCUUGUAUUCCCACACUUUUAUAUUCUACCUUGUUUGUGGGUUCAAGAAUAAUGUUUGGUAGAUAAAUGGAGUGAAAGAACUCUCAAUGUACAAGUAAUCAUUUUUUCA